AUGACUGACCUCCGUGCGACUAAUGGUUGUCACGUGGCAGCGAAGCAUCGGUCGACAUGCAAACUCUCUCCGUUUUGUUUAAACGGUCUCAGCCAGUUCACCCUAGCUGAUGCUUCCAACUCCCCAUCCGGUUUGCCCGACCAGAACGGUGUCGGCACUAACGUGCCACGCAAUGGGUUGAAGAAUUAUGGUAGCACCUGCUACUUGAAUGCUUUCCUCCAGCUGUACGUCCGAUUCGGCAAACUUCGACAAGCCAUAUUUUCGCUACCAGAAGAACAGGACGAAACCGGAAUUAUUCAUCACCUACAACUCAUAUUUAGUCAGCUGGAACUAGGAACCUGCGGUGUUGUCGAUCCUGGUGGACUGAUUGAGGCUCUGCGGCUCUGUGAGGAGGAACAGCAGGACGCCCCAGAAUUCCACAACUUGUUUAUGCACCUGUUAGAAUCGAGAUUCUUGGAGGCAGGUAUCUCCGUGGUGGACGACCUCAUACGUGGCGAAUACGUGUACGAAACUAGAUGCCUUCACUGCGGACUCAUCUCUAGGCAACCGUCAAACUUUUUGGAGCUAUCUCUCAAAGUGUCUUCCAACUCGUUACCCGGGUGUAUCCGAGAUUAUCUAAAGGAAGAAUCCCUCACCGGGGAAAAUCAGUACGCUUGCCCACGAUGUAUGCGCAAGCAGAACGGAGUUCGCCGUGCCUACAUCACUCGAGCUCCCUCGUUGUUGUGCAUCCAGCUGCUUCGUUUCACCUACGACCCUCGAACGGGCCAACGAAAGAAGCAAAAGGCUUCUGUGCGGCUACCGGAUAGUAUGACCUUGGUUGAGCUAUCGUCUGGCACGACGUGCGUCGACCCGAAUGCAACAACCUGCAGCGUGGCGUGUUUGGGUCCUCAAUCAGGAUCAGUCCACCGUCGAUCAUACCAGCUUUGUGGUGUGCUGUUGCACAUUGGCACCCAACCGACCUCCGGUCAUUAUGUGGCUGUUGUUCGGGAAACUAGCCGACCGCAUCACAGUACUGACACAUCAGAUGCUCGCGACGCAAAGGGCGACGACUUGUGGACAAUUUGUAAUGAUACUGAAGUGUGCUCUAUUCCGGCCUCCCAGUUUAAUCUGGCCAAAGUAACUGGGUCUUCAAAACCGUUGCACGCUUCCAUUGCUUCCACGACACCCGUCGACUUCUCCAACUCUGACAUUGUGAUCCGCGAAUCUAGUCAACCACUUGAUCCUCUGGCAAAGAAGCAUCGACCAAAUCCAAACGCAAGCGGUGCAGACGAUGCUCACCAACCGGAUUCCACGGAACAGUCCAUCAGCGAAUCGGCUUCAGCAACCUCAUCGAGCGGCUCAUUAUACUGGCAUCGCUCCUCGAACGCGUACAUGAUUUUUUAUCACGAUAUCGAAAAUAGUCCGGUGAAAGACGCCGUCCAUGUCCCCGACCGCCUACGCCAAAUGGUUGAACAAGUCAACAAAUCACGAGAUCAAGAGCUACAUGAGCAACAGGCGAUGAAAGUUAACAAACUUUCGUGCUUACGCAGUUUGCUUACUUCGUUGUGGCCACCUGUUCCACAGUACAACGACACCUCCGAGCGGUCGUUGGAGCCCUUCUCUUUGGUCCCUACCUCGUGGCUUGCAGACUGGUUGGAUCAACCGGAAGGCGGCGCCCCUUGUCUGUCCAACUUCAAGGACUCUUUCGCUCCCUUGCCUCGUGCGCACGCCCAACAGCAACAGACAAGUAUUGUUGAUCCAUUCAGCAAAACCCCUUACUCAACGUUUUCCAUUUGCCCACAUGGUCGAGUCCCGAUCGAUUUGCCUGUUUCGCUUUAUCGAGCUGUCUCAACCACUGGUCUUCUAAACGCCACCGGUUUGGCGGAACACUUGCAUUGUGACCAACAAAACCCGGACUCGUCAACACCCGACUCAUCUUGCGUUCCUGCCAGAUUUCAACCUUGCCGAGAAUGUGUUUGCCUGAAGGUCGCAUUGCUGCGUUUGGAACAGUCGAUCCGCUCGCUAUCCAAGGAUUUGGACCGAUUCACUCGGUCAAAACCCGCGCCAACUCCCGUUGCCCAUCGGGAUGAAGCUGGACACGAGUCAAAGAACGGUUGUCAACCGGAGACACAUGUUUUACCGAAUGAUCCCAAAGCACAUCUUGACCCAGCUUUCUACUGGAUCGGGAAACGUUCGCUGCGACAGUGGCGCAUUCUGUCGCGUGCUUACGUGAACAACCUGUACUCGGGAUCGAGUGGGAAUCCAUGUAGCCCACGCACCACUUUCAACUCCGACACACUUUGUCCCCAUGCUAAACUGCGAUCUGGUUCCAGACACCUGCGUCAUCUUCCUGCCCCAUUGUGGUGUCGUCUUGUCGACCUGUUUCCCGGUGCCAAUAUCCCCACUUUUCCUGUAUCCGCAACAGACUCUCAAGAGUCCAAAUGCGAAGCAUGCGAGCAAUACGAGGAAGGCCUAGUUCGUAGAGCGGCUUGCGAACGUGUGCAACUCUCCGGACUUCUCUUACCUACAUCCCGGCGCAUUUUCCCCUAUAUUUCCAAUACAACUUUCGGUUCUGAUGGCCAAAUGCACACCAAUUCCAUCCCUUCUUUAUUUCCCAUGUCUCGGAAGCGUACCUUGGAUUGCACCUCUGCGUCGGACUCUGCCGGAACCCUGACCGUCGGCCCAAAUUGCUUAUCUCCCUCUGGGGAAUCGGACAACUCCAACAGAGAUGUCUAUCUCGUGCCGUCAAAAUUUAUUCACAGUUGGCGGAGAUUUAUUCGAAAUCCUUCGCCCGAAACUCACCCAAGACAUCUCCCGUCCGGCUUGAAUGGAUCCGGAGUUCUCUGCGAACACGACCGGCUUACAAUGCCAUGGCAGGAAUUGCUCUCGGAAUCGAUUCUAUUCCCAUUGUCUUUCUCUGAGUGGGAUAUUCUAUCCAACUCCUAUCCUCGUACCACCGGAGAUGAAGCCACAUCGCGGUCUUCAAAUGAGUCGGACUCUGAUAGCAGCGAUUCUGAUUUGUGGUCUCAUUCGAAACCUCCCCAUCCACCAACAUAUUUGUCCUUCAAUGGGACCGAGUGGCAGUUUCAUCCCGCUCAAUUCGAGUCCAUCUGUUCGAUCUGCUACACGCAAUUGCUAAACCACCGCAACAGCUACAAGAAUGCUCGGAUUCGUGUUCGAUUGAUGAACGGAUCAAAUGCUGCAGGUAUGCUUGAAGCAGAUACAAGCGAAGCCAGUUCAGUGGAUACUGAAUGCAUCUCACCGAAUCGCAAACAUCCAUCCCUCCAAGCCAAUCAGAACUCGAAUGGGACAUUCGAACAAGGACAAUCGGAAAACUCCGUCCACCAAACCAACGCCUCAUUUACAACUGGUGGAACACUGGUAACCGAGGCUGAUUCCACCACGUCUGCAGUACGAUUGAAGACAAAGCAACAAGCUGAGCUCUUUGGUGUGCGUCGCUCCACCCGCCAGCGCCUCCUCCAGAACGAUUUGACUGUGCAAGCAAGCAGCGACCAAUCCCUGCAGCAACUCAAGGUCCAGUUGAUGCAAUCCACUGGGGUGACUCCAGCUGACCAGCAUAUUUGGUUCAAUGGCGUUGAAAUUACGGAAACUAAUAAAACACUCCAGGAACUGGGUAUCCAUGCGAACAGUCUCCUACAUUUGUGGACUGACAGCCCCGUUUGGGGUGCUAACGAAUUGAACCCCGAGAUGGAUUACGUUCACGCGGGAACCACCAAAGGAUCGCUGUCUACGACACUUUCAUCCCCGAAAUCAUCCCUUUCUGGUCAACCUGCCGGAUGCAUAGAGCUUGGCUUCAAAGGAACCCGCCUUUUGAACAACUGA